AGGAAAGAAAAACAAAAUAAAGUUAUCAUAUUCAUGCCUGUAUAAGUAGUAGCAUAUGCAGCCGCUUAUUCACUCACAUCUUUUCUUCUCUGUUUUGUACUUGCUUUUCUUUCCAAGCUAUCUAUCAGCUCUGCACACCACACAGGUUGCCAAGGACAUGGAAGACAUAAAGGCUUAUCAUCCUAGCCAUCCGGAGCAUCAACUCGUGCUGCGAAGCUUCAACAAGCCCUACGAUUGUGACGGAUGCAGAGAGCGAGGAUUCGGAUCAAGAUACAGAUGUGAAUCAAACGACUGUGACUACGUUCUCCAUGAGAGCUGCAUGUUCAAUUCCCAAACAGCAACUCAUGAUUUCUACCCGGACUCCACCUUUAAGUUCUCGUAUAAACCAAGGAGCUGCGGAACAUGGUGCAAUGCAUGUGAAAAUAACAUAAAUGGCUUUGUUUAUUACUGUGAAGACAAGGAUUUGGACUUGCAUCCAUGCUGUCUUAAUCUCAAGAACAAAAUGGUGAUUGAUGGUACGAAAUUUAAGUUAACUGAGAAGAAGCGAAAAUCCAAGGGAAAAUCCACUGGGGGUUGGUCUUAUGAAUCGAAGUGCAACAAGUACCAGUUCCAUGUUCACCGUAUCACAGAAAUGAUUUAUGAAAGUUGGAAAAUUGGAAAUUGUAAAGAUGAGAAUAGCUCAUUGUCAUUGAAGAAUCCUGAGCUUCGUCUUCGACGUAGCUCAGACAGGGGUAGCUCAAGAGGGGGGAAAUACUGGAAGGUUGCGAAAAUCUUUCUGACAGCAGUGGUGGCCAUUCUUCUGGGAGAUCCGACUGUUGUUCUGACCACAACUUUGUUCAACUUAAUCACCUAGUUAAUAGCAAUUAACAAGUCUGUUAAUUGCGGACUUGUAGGAGAAUAACAGAUGUGAUCCUUCUGCAUCUACACUUUAGUACAGAAUUGGACUUUUAUAUUUCUUUCUUCUUAGCCCUAAGGUGAUUCAGAGUAAGCAAUGUAAUUAUAAUCUACUUGAGAAUAUCAGAAGUGUAAGAGUUGAAAUUCGGGACCUCUGCACACUGAAUUCCUUCGUCAUUU